GUAGUUAUGUUAUAUCGUCCGGUUUUGUGACUGGGAUCAAUGCGAAGUAGAGCCUAGUGUUACGUGUUACGAGAUCGUGAGUUUGUGAAUAUUUAUGUACAUGAAUUCGGUGAUGGAAGGUGCAAAUUGAAGCACCAGUGAUUGAGAAACUGCCUCGUACAGUCUCAAUACGCAACUUCUUCAUUUUCUCUCACGCGUGUGACAAUUCAUCGCUCUACUCAAAGCACCGUAAUUGCUGGUUAGGAAAAGUAGCGGCGAUUUUUAAAUAUGGAUGCAAUCCUGAUACGCGGGUUAAGGUUUAGUUCCGAUUUACGCAGUGUCCCGACAUUGCUCACAAAAUAUUUCCCAUUGUCGGCGUGUUGCACAUGUCGCUUCGAGACGAUACGUUGGAGAACGACGCGAAUAUUCCAAACGUCAACCAACACUGUGCGCACUAUCAAGCUUAUUUCGCUUGCAGAGAGGCAUCCUCUUCACAGGAUUGCAUCACGUAAUUCUUUAGGACUUGUCAAUCACAUACUGGCGUGUCAAAGGUCAUUGAAGGGAAAUGUUAACAAAAAUGGAAUCUCCUUGGCACACUACUCGGAUAUUAAGCAGAAAUCCGAAGGCGAUUGUCAAAAGCCUCAAGUAGAACAGAAAGUGUCAAUAUUUCAAAAGAUGAAGCAAAUGACCAAAGAUUAUUGGCACAUAUUAAUUCCUGUGCACGUUGUCACUUCCAUAGGAUGGGUAGCUAUAUUUUAUACUGCUGUUAGGAAUGGUGUGGAUAUAGUACAGUUGUUGGAGUAUAUGAAUUUUGGCGAGAAAUAUGUAGAUUUAGUACGUAAUUCUGGCGCUGGCAAUUGGGCUAUAACUUAUGCACUUUAUAAAAUAUUUACUCCACUUAGAUAUACUGUUACUGUUGGAGGGACGACAAUGGCUAUUAGACGUCUAAGUAAACUAGGCUAUGUAAAGGCACUAUCGUUUAAACGUCAGCCAGCAGAGCCUGCGCGCGAAAUCAUGAGUAGGUUGCCGACUACAAUUCAUUUUAAAUACAUCAUACUGAUCUCUGCCACUUUUAUACUUUGUGAAGUGUUGUUAUCGCGUGAUUAAUAUGUAGUAGCAUCUCUCAUUCCGUCUCACGACGGUGUGUUUUCUUCAUAAUUUCUUUUAAUCGUGUUGUAGCCAAUACAGUCAAACACAUGUGCAGUGGGACACAAGACAAAAUUCAAGGCAGAGUGUAAAACGGAUCAACAUACAGAACCGCCAAAACCAUAAUUUUA